ACGAUGGCGAUCACUAUGGAAAUAUCCUUCUGUUUGAAGUUCUGGAUUUUUUCCCUCGUCAUCUCGAACGUGAUAGCGCAAAAUGCCACUGAUAAUCUGAAAUAUGUGAACCCGCUGAUCGGAAGCGCGAAUGGAGGAAAUGUUUUCGCCGGCGCAACCCUCCCCUACGGUAUGGCCAAAGCAGUCGCAGACGUCGACUCUUCCAGCAACCAAGGCGGCUUCACCAGCGAGGGCGGCCGGGUGACGGGCUUCAGCACCAUGCACGACUCGGGCACAGGCGGUUCACCCUCCCUAGGCAACUUCGCUUUCUUCCCUUCGGCAGCGUGUCCAGACGACGAUGUGAAUCGUUGCGUCUACCCAAAAGUGCGCCGCGCGCUGCACUAUUGCGAAGACUCUGUGAAAGCUACUCCUGGAUAUUUUGGAUUGACGUUGGAAAAUGGCAUACAAGCGGAGAUGACGGCGAGCCAGCAUACAUCGCUCUUCCGCUUCAAGAUUCCCAGUGGCGGGAACGGCACGAGUCCACUCAUCCUGCUCGACCUUACGGACCUUUCCAACACACGACAAGACAAUGGUACCAUCUCUCUUGACGGGACUUCAGGUCGUAUGACUGGUAGCGCGCGUUUCCAACCGAGCUUUGGUGUGGGAACGUGGGUUGGCUACUUUUGCGCAGACUUCUCUGGGGCCCCUCUCCGCGACAACGGAAUCUGGGUCAACUCGCGGGCAGACCCGACUGUCAAAGACUUGACCAUCAACCGUGGCAUCAAUGGCGGAGGACCGCUUCCAGGUGGUGGUUUCACUCGCUUCUCGACGAACCCAGAAAGUGGUAUACUCGCGCGCAUCGGCGUCAGCCUGAUCAGCGCGGAGCAGGCGUGCGCCAGCGCUGAAGCGGAGAUUCCCGACUUCGACUUCGAACAAACGCAGAAAGUGGCAGAGGAAGCGUGGCGAAGCAAAUUGUCCCCAAUCAAACUGGAUUCGACUGGAGUUGACGAAUCUCUCGUCACAAACUUCUUCUCCGGAAUCUAUCGUACAAUGGUCAAUCCGCAAAACUACACGCAUGAGAAUCCGAAAUGGACCUCCGAGGAGCCGUACUUUGAUUCUUUCUACUGCCUCUGGGACAGCUUCCGCUCACAGCUGCCGUUUCUUACUGUCCUCGACCCGCUAGCUGUAGAGCAUAUGAUUCGAAGUCUCAUUGACACGUAUGAACAUGAAGGUUGGCUACCAGACUGUAGAAUGAGCACCUGCAAAGGGUACACGCAGGGCGGAUCUAAUGCCGAUGUUGUACUGGCUGAUGCGUACAUCAAGGGACUUCGCUCCGGUAUCGACUGGGAGAAAGGAUACGCGGCCGUAGUCAAAGACGCAGAAGUCGAGCCCUUUCUGUGGUCUGUUGAAGGCCGUGGGGGUCUGGAUAGCUGGAAAACGCUUGGCUAUAUUCCCACCGAGGAUUUCGACUACAAGGGAUUCGGAACAUUUACUAGGAGUGUCAGUCGCUCGCUCGAAUACGCGUAUGACGAUUUUUGUAUCGCGCAGAUGGCGGAUGGACUUGGGCAUUCUGCUGACGUACAGAAGUAUGUGGAAAGGAGCGGAAAUUGGAAGAAUUUAUUUUAUGCAGAGCAGGAGAGUAAGCUGUUUGAUGGGACUGACACGGGGUUCCGCGGAUUCUUUCAGGGGAGGUAUGCGAAUGGGACGUGGCAUACGCAGGAUCCGUUGUGGUGUUCUGCGAUUGAUCCAGAUGGUAGUCGCGUUUGCUCGCUGCAGAAUAACGGACAAGAGACGUUUGAAAGCAGUUUGUGGGAGUAUGGAUUUUACGUCCCACACGACCAAGCUGCCCUGAUCGAUCUGUACUCAGGCCCCACCUCCUUCGUGAACCGCCUCAACUACUUGCACGACCAAAACAUCACAUAUAUCGGCAACGAGCCAUCCUUCCUAACCGUAUACCAAUACCACUGGGCCGGCCGCCCCGCACUAUCCGCCGAGCGAGUCCACUUCUACAUCCCCCGAUUCUUCAGCCCCACCGUCGACGGGCUCCCCGGAAACGACGACUCGGGCGCAAUGGGCAGCUUCGUCGCCUUCUCAAUGCUCGGCCUCUUCCCAACCCCAGGCCAAAACAUAUACCUCCUCACACCGCCCUUCUUCCCUAGCGUAUCCAUCACAUCGCCCCUCACGAACCGCACCGCCACUAUCCGCGCCGAGAAUUUCGAUCCUUCGUACUCCUCCGUCUACAUCCAGAGCGCGACACUUAACGGAGCAAAUUAUACGCGGAACUGGAUUGGGCAUGAGUUUUUCAGCGAGGGCGGAGAGUUGGUGCUUGUGUUGGGGGCUCAGGAGAGUUCGUGGGGGACGGGGAAAGCGGAUUUGCCGCCGAGUGUGACGGACGGGCUGGGUGGGGGGAAUGGGACGGGGAAUGGGACUGUGGAGAGGAGGUGGAUGGGGGGUAGUGUGGGGAGCAUGAAGUGGUCGUGA